CUAACCAAAUCCAUACCAACACAAGCUGUUCGCUCCUCUCUCUUUCCCUCUUAGAAUUUGAUUCUAUAUAGUUUUCUUUGACCUCGAUGGCAGUGGUACCUCAAAAGAUGAGGCGUGAACGCAGUAUGUUUUCAUCAUCUGAUGACACUGCAAUGAUGAAGCAAAUUCAGGCCACUCAUGCUCCUGAUGGCCGUGAAUUUCCAGUGAAGCCUCUUCUUCAUAUUGUUGAGGACAUUUUCCUCCGUGCCACUCCUGCCCUGGGCAUGACCAGCAUUGUUCAGCAGCAGGGAGCUCAUCAAGCACAACUUGAUGAAUUGGAAGAGAAGGCUCUUCAAAAUGGCUUUCAUGAAACGAUCGAGAUGCUGUCUUACAAUAUCAACAAGAUUUCCUGCGAGAUGUCCUGCAAGUGUUCUGGAGGUGGAGAUGCACAUGCAACAACUUUGGCAAUAUUCAACUUGGUAUCAAACUACUCGUGGGACGAAAAGGUGGUGCUAGCGUUAGCUGGAUUUGCCGUGAACUAUGGGGAGUUUUGGCUUGUCGCCCAGCUUUACCUUACAAACCCACUAGCUAAAGCGGUUGCACUUCUGAAGCAACUGCCGGAUAUAAUUGAACGAGCUGACAAUCUGAAGCCCAAGUUUGAGGCCCUUACAAGCCUUAUCAAGGCCAUGAUGGAUGUGGCCAAAUGCAUAGUUGAGUUCAAGGAGCUUCCGUCUCAAUACAUCACCCCUGACACUCCAGAAAUGUUAACUGCCACUGCGCAUAUCCCCACUGCUGUUUACUGGACCAUCAGGAGUAUUGUGGCUUGCGCGUCACAAAUUAUGGGCCUUAUUGGCAUGGGUCAUGAGUACAUAGCAUCCACAACAGAGGCUUGGGAGCUAUCAAGCUUGGCCCACAAGGUUAAUAACAUUCACAGCCAUCUCAUGAAGCAGCUCACUCUUUGUUUACAGCACAUAGAUGAGAAAAGACAUAUUGAAGCAUUUCAAACACUAGUGAGCCUGUUCGAAGCUUUCCACAUUGACAACAUGAAGAUUCUAAAGGCUUUGAUUUAUGCCAAGGACGAUCAACUGCCACUCUUUGAUGGUUCCACCAAGAAAAGGGCAAGCCUUGAUGUGUUGAGAAGGAGGAGUGUGUUGCUGCUGAUUUCGGACCUCGAAAUCUCCCACGAAGAGCUUUCAAUGCUGCAACAAAUGUACAGUGAGGCGCGGGAGCAACCAGGAAGACCAGAGAGCCAGUAUGAGGUUGUAUGGCUCCCAGUUGUGGACAGAUCAUCCCCGUGGAGUGAAACUAAGCAAAAGCUGUUUGAGGAUUUUCAAAGGAUUAUGCCAUGGUACUCUGUCUAUCACCCUUCAUUGCUAGAUGUUGCAGUCAUCAGGUACAUCAAAGAGGUGUGGCACUUCAACAAGAGGCCCUUGCUUGUGGUUUUGGAUCCACAAGGGAGAGUAGUCAACCCCAAUGCAAUCCACAUGAUGUGGAUUUGGGGAAGCCUGGCUUUCCCUUUCACCAGCUUAAAAGAGGAAGCACUCUGGAAAGAAGAAACCUGGAAAAUCGAGCUAUUGGCAGAUAGCAUUGAUCCAAUGAUCUUGUCUUGGAUAGAUCAAGGGAAGUACAUAUGCUUGUAUGGUGGGGAGGACAUGGAGUGGAUCCGUAAAUUCACCGUUACUGCAAAAGAUGUUGCGAGCAGGGCCGGUAUAACGUUAGAAAUGCUCUAUGUAGGGAAGAGCAACCCCAGGGAGAAAGUUAGGAAAAAUAACUCUAUUAUUACGACCGAGAAACUUAGCCAUGUAUUGCCAGACCUCACUUUGAUCUGGUUCUUUUGGGUGAGGCUGGAGAGCAUGUGGCAUUCCAAGGUGCAACACAAGAGGACUGUAGAGAAUGAUGCCAUCAUGCAGGAGAUAAUGACAAUGCUCAGCUUCGAUGGAAGUGAUCAAGGAUGGGCUGUGAUCAGCAGGGGACCUGCUGAUAUGGCCAAGGCAAAGGGAGAAACCAUAUUGAAAUCUUUUGCUGACUUUGAGAUAUGGAAGGAGGGUGCACAGGAAAAGGGUUUUCUGCCUGCACUGAUUGAUCACCUCCAUGAACUCCAUACCCCAUUCCACUGCAACCGUCUGAUACUGCCAGGGGCUACAGGGAGCAUCCCAGAGAGGGUUGUUUGUGCUGAAUGCGGCCGUCCCAUGGAGAAGUUCAUCAUGUAUCGUUGCUGUACCGAUUGAGCUUAUUACCAGUAAUACGGUAUGCUAUUUACGUUUUAAAUCACUAUCUAUUUCAGUAAAAACCAAGGCAGACACGGCCACUGUCGCUGCCGCUACUAUCUGUGAUGAUGCAUAAUCAGCUCUGGUGUGGAAUAUGUCGAGGCUUUUCUACUACUACAUGUUAUUUGUAUUGUAAUAUGAUGCUUAUAAUUAAUGAAAGGUGUUUGCAGUACCAUUUCUAGUUUCUACAA